GGCUGGCAGUGCUCGUAAGCCUUGGGUGAUCACCAUGUGGACUCUGGUCGAUGCAGAGGCUUGUAGCUGGAACCUGGACUACAGAGUAAACUUGAGGGACAUCUGGGAUGAUGAAAGUUACAGGGAAACUAAGCUGCCAAAGAAGAGACCUCUGCUAGCAGCCGUCCACCCUGUUGACCCUGCCGUGGUUUACUUCUUACAGAAGGGGAAUCUCUUCGGUGUCAAUCUGAGAACCAAAAGGGUCGUUGACAAGUGCGUGGCGUUGGAACCUGUCACGCAUCUGAAUAUAGAUGAGGAGUCCUCGCGCUCCAUUAUCACCUGGAAUCUCCCACCAUCGCUAACUUACUCAUCAGGACAAAUGCGUGGAGAAGGAUCACCAGGACGAAAAAAUGGAGAAAUGUCAGCAAUGCCUUCAGCUUUCGAUAUGGUUUUAAAUUCUUUCAUGAAUGCAUAUACGGGUGGUCUGUAUAACUCGAAUGUUGACGUAGGACAGAAGCGGAAGCGAUCUGAUUGUUUUGCCUGUGAGAGUCAGAUAAAGCAUGCUAGCUAGAGAAGGCUUAUCACGGACGCUGGUAUAUACUGUACUUGAGUUUGAUAGUGCAAAACUGAUUGCUCAAGACAACAGGAGUCGACAGCGCAGUAGUAGA